AUGUCCCACCGCAAGUUCUCGUGCUGCCGCAAGGGCAACCUCGGCUACCUCCCCCGCAAGCGCUGCACGCGCGGCCGCGGGCGCUGCAAGACCUUCCCACCAGACGUCCAGGGCGCGCCCAUCCACCUCACGGCCUUCCUCGGCUACAAGGCCGGCUGCACGCACGUCAUGCGCUUCAUCGACCACCGCGGCUCGAACCUCCACAACCGCCAGGCCAUCGACCAGGCGACAAUCAUCGACGCCCCGCCAAUGAUCUGCACGGCCAUCAUCGGGUACGCCAAGACCCCGAAGGGCCUCCGCGCCGUGACGACCGUCUGGGCCGCCCACAUCGCCGAGCCCGCCAUGCGUCGCUUCUACCGCAACUACUUCCACGCGGAGAAGACGGCCUUCUCGACCUACAUGAAGAAGGCCGCCGACGGCACAUACAUCAAGGAGCAGCUUGGGCGCCUUAAGCAGCACGCUGACGUCAUCCGCAUUGUCGCCCACACCCAGCCUGCCCUGACGCCCCUGAAGCAAAAGAAGGCCGACAUCAUGGAAAUCCAGGUCAACGGCGGAGCGAACGUGGCCGAGAAGGUCGACUAUGCGUACGCCCUCAUGGAGAAGCCGAUCUCGAUCAAGGACGUCUUCAGCGUGGGAGCACAGAUCGACACCAUCUCCAUCACGCGCGGCCGUGGGUUCGAAGGCGUCGUCACCCGCUGGGGCGUCACCCGUCUUCCGCGUAAGACCCGCCGCGGAAACCGCAAAGUUGCCUGCAUCGGUGCCUGGCACCCGGCCAACGUCCAGUAUACUGUCGCCCGCGCCGGUCAGAUGGGUUACUUCCACCGCACGGACACCAAUAAGCAGGUCUUUAUGAUUGACACAGCGGAGAACCCCAGGUGCUGCACAACGGAGUUCGAUCUGACAGACAAGAGCAUCAACCCGGUCGGCGGCUUUGUCAACUACGGCCGCGUCCAGGGAGACUUCAUCAUGAUCAAGGGCACGUGCCCAGGACCCAAGCGCCGCCCGGUUGUCAUGCGCAAUGCCCUCCUCCCUCACCGCAACUGUCCUCCGGUCCAGCUUCAGUGGAUCAGCACGGCCUCCAAGUUCGGUCACGGUAUCUUCGAGACCGUUGAGGAGCGCAGGCAGUUCUACGCCAAGUAG